AUGAACGACGAGGAGCGCCAGCAGCGCGCAGUGGAACUGUCGCAGCAGGCAAUAGACUUGGACAAUGCGGGCAACUACCGUGCGGCGUUCGACUGCUACCUUCGCGCGCUCGACCAAUGGGCGGUCGUCUGCAAGUACCAGAAGAACCCUGUCCUGCAGGAGCGCUUCUGCGUCAGGAUGAAGGAGUACCUGGAGCGCGCAGAGGCGUUGAAGCGCAUGCUCAACGAGAACGCGCCGGUUGAUGAGUUCUCGAAGGCAGGUGACGCUGGCGGUGGCGCCGGGGGCCCCGCGUUCAGCGAGCAGGUGGACCAGCUGUCUAAAAUUCAAAGACCCAACGUGAAAUGGUCCGACAUUGCAGGCCUCGAAGCAGCCAAGGAAUCGCUGCAGGAGGCUGUCGUGCUGCCGCUGCGGUUCCCGAACCUGUUCACGGGCGCCCUCAAGCCGUGGCGCGGCAUUUUGCUAUACGGGCCACCUGGAACGGGAAAGACGUACCUAGCGCAGGCGUGUGCCACCGAGAUAGCCGCCACAUUUCUGCCGGUGUCGUCUUCCGACAUCAUGAGCAAGUGGCAGGGUGAGAGUGAGAAGUUCGUGAAGUCGCUGUUCCAGACGGCGAGGGAGCGGGCGCCGUGUGUCAUUUUCAUCGACGAGAUCGACUCCCUGUGCAGCACCCGUAGCGAGGGCGAGAAUGAGUCGGGUCGCCGGGUGAAGACGGAGUUCCUGGUGCAGAUGCAGGGCGUGUCAGAGGGCGGAAAUGGCGUCCUGGUCCUUGCCGCUACCAACCUUCCGUGGAGCCUGGACACGGCCAUCAUUCGGCGGUACGUGUGUUCCGCUGUGACGCUUAUACGUUGCAGUUUCGACCGCCGUAUUUACAUACCGCUGCCUGACUUCCGUGCCCGCCGUACGCUCGUGGAGCUGGGUAUGCGUGGCUGCGAUCACGAGCUGCGAAGUGAGGACUUCGACGAGGUCGCUCGGCAAACAGAAGGGUUCAGCGGCUCCGACCUUAACGUGGUUGUGCGCGACGCCCGCAUGCAGCCGCUGCGGAAGUGCAAGGACGCCACGCAUUUCAAGAAGGUGGUCCGCAACUCGCAGACUUUCUACAUACCCUGUUCACCAGGUGAGUGGUUUGCUACGUGGAGUGGCUAA